GCUGAGGGUCGGACAUCAACAGCGUCGUCCUCCAGGCUGCAACCGAACAGACACAAUAGUAAGGAGAGGAGUCGCAGCUCAGCGCGGGUUAGACAUGAAGAAGAAAGAGGAGACCGUCGUGGUUAAGCGGACUGGUUCGGAGCAGAGGAAACUGCGAUCUCGUGAUGCGGCCAGAAGUAGGCGGAGUCAGGAGACGGAGGUGUUUUAUGAGCUCGCCCGCACUCUGCCGCUCCCUCGUCGAGUCUGCACACACCUCGACAAAUCCGGCAUCAUGAGAGUCGCCCUCAGCUUCCUGCGGAUGCACGGCUUCCUCAGACCCGGUAAGAAUCUGAAAGAGGAGAUUGAAGAGGAGGAGGAGGAAGAUCCAAUGGGUGCUUUCUAUCCCCAGGCUCUGGCAGGCUUCGUCAUGGUGAUGACCGAGGAGGGAGACAUGAUCUACUUGACAGAAAGCGUCAGCAGAUAUCUCGGAAUCACGCAGCUGGAGCUGCUGGGUCAAAGUAUUUAUGACUUUGUUCAUCCCUGUGAUGAGGAGGAGCUCCGAGACCUGCUGACUCCACGUCCAGGUUUGAGUAAAAAGCCGUUGGCAGAACAGCCAAGUGAGAGGAACUUCUUCCUGCGGAUGAAGAGCACUCUAACCAGCAGGGGGCGCACCGUCAACAUCAAGUCUGCUACCUGGAAGGUUUUCCACUGCACCGGUCACAUGCGUCAGGUUGCUGGUGACUCCAUGUCGCCCUCUGCAGGCGGAGUGAUGACCCUGCUGUGUGAACCCAUCCCUCACCCGUCCAGUGUGGAGUUCCCUCUGGACACGUGCACCUUCCUCACCCGCCACAGCAUGGACCUGCGCUUCACACACUGCGAGGGCAGGGUGGCAGAGUUAGUGGGAUACCAACCUGAAGAUUUGAUUGGCCGCUCAGCCUACGAGUUUUAUCACGCACUCGACUCCAAUCACAUCAACAAGAGCCUGCACACAUUGCUGUCCAAAGGUCAGGUGAGCACCAGACAAUACCGUUUCCUAGCCAACAACGGCGGCUUUGUCUGGGCCGAGACUCAGGCGACCGUCCUCUACAGCAGCAAGAUCUCGCAGCCUGAGGCAAUCGUCUGCCUCAACUUCAUACUCAGUGCCGUGGAGCAGCCGGACGUAGUUUUUUCUGUGGAGCAGAUCCGUUGUGGCCGGCUGCCUGAAGCUGAACCCAGCUCACCUGUGCUUGUCCAGGAGAAUUGUGGGACACUUGACUUCAGUGACUCUGACAGUGAGCAUCUCCGCAGCUCCGCAGAGCUCUUCAACAAACUGAAGGAGAAGCCAGAGGAGCUUCUCCUGUUGGCUCCUGCUGCCGGAGAUGCCAUUAUCCCCCUGACAGGAGAUCUAGUUGAGCUGUCGUUCGCCAGUCCUCCCAGUCCUCCCAGUCCACACUCGGUGCCGGACCACCCUCAGGACCUGUGCACCCCCCAGCUGCGACAGCUCCUCUCCCCAAUCUUCAGCCCCAUCACUCCACCUUUAUCAUCAUCAUCAGCAGCUUCCUCACCUGACCCUGAGCCAGUGCUGAGCCCCUGUGAGGAGGAGAGAGAGGUGACGGACACCAGCAUGGUGGAGCAGUUCUUUGCCGUUUGGCCAGAAGAUAAUCAGCAGAAAGGAGAAACACAGGAGCCCAUGGAGAUGAUGGAUCUGGACAUGCUGGCUCCUUAUAUCUCUAUGGACGAUGACUUCCAGCUAACCGUCUUCAGCAGUUUGCCAGAGGAAGCAGACCAACCUCCGUCCUCCUCUCUGUCUGAACCCCCAGCUGUCACACCCACAGUCCCAGUGAGCAGGAAACGGACUCGAACCCCAGAGGAGGUGGGGCUGUCCCAGCUGAUGAUUCAGGACAAGAGACAGAAACCAGAUCCUUCCUCAAUUGAAGAGGAACUGCUCCUCAGCCACAGAUUUCUGGGCUCUCUGGAGGAAACCUACCAAUCAGAUGUGUUCCUUGACUCGGGUCCUGGAAUAAAAAACCCUCUUCUCACAGACAGAGACCCUGUUUUAGGAGGCAUCCAGGGACUCUGUGAUACUGCAGCUCUGAUGAGGGACAUCUUCACACCUCGUCAACCGGACCUGUCUCCGCCUCUCUCCCCCAUGACUUGACCCGGCGCCCUCCCAAUCAGAGGGUCGAGGCCAGAAAGUCAACGCCGGACAUGAUUAUAGACUCAAGCUGCGAACCGUGCUCUGAAGUCAGACGUCGCCUUGUUGCUUGCAGCUGAAACGAGAGGUGAUAGCAUGUGAUAAAGCAGGUGGGGGGUGCCGACAGCGCUGCAGUUUGCGUUCUUUAACCUGCCGAGUUGUUGCUUGUGGUCCUUCGACACUACACGUCCUCACACACUUUAAUAUGAGAAACCAGCAGGUGGUGCUACAACGUUUUCUUUUUAAAUCUCACACAGUGAGCCAAAUCUUUCAAAAUGUAUUUCUGUUUGCAACUUUCAACUAUUAUCACAUUUAACCUGUUGCAGUGAGUCUGGUCCUAAUGCUCAGUUUUAACUUUGAGCCAAGGUCAUUCAAAUAUGAACAGUUUAAUUCUUUUCUUUUCAAUCUCACUGCAGUUUUGUGAAAUUAGACUACGAACCAGUAUAGUGACCGCCCACUCUUUGAACAGCUCUGAAAGGGAUUUUUUCCCCAUUCAGGAUCUCCAUCUUCAUGAGUUUAAAGGUACCAAACCACGCAGCU